AUGUCGUACUAUUUACCAAUGGACAACAGUGACAGUCAAUUGUCUGAAGCGUUAUUUGAUAGUUUUAUUGUUCCCGACCCUAAUGCUGCUUUGAUAGAAUCAGCUGAAUAUGUUCAACAAAUUCCCGAACAAAUUCCUGAGUAUUGUAUUUCGAAAAAUGAAAUUAAUGAAAAUCAAACUAGAGUAUCUCGUAGCUAUAAUAGAUAUUCUCCAUAUGAUUCCUCUUCGUCUCGCAGUUCUUCAGUUAGUUCUGUUCACAGUCAUGUAAAAUUUGGUACAUAUAAUCCAAUGAAUUGGACUUCACAGAGAGUUUACUUUAUACCGGCCAAAGCUGAAGGUCCUAAUCAAACACACGCCAAAGGCAAAUUGGUUGAGCGUUGGAAGAAUGUGUCUAGAAGAUUGAGGAGUGUUGGCGCCAUUGAUCUGAAUAGAAAAAAGUCUGAUUCAUUACGUAACACUGAAUCCAAUAUUACUUUUUCUGACGAUAUUCAAGAAGCAAAGGAGUGGCUUAAAAAUGAAGGAUGUUCUGCUUUGUUUGAAGAUAUAAAAGUAAAAUGGAUAUUAACCCAUGAAAUAAGAAAAACUGAGUUUCCUGAUCUGAAACUACGCAACCUUAAUGAUUUGUUUGAAUCCUGGAUUGUUUUGAAAAGUCCUAGAGGUCAUGAGCUAAUUUCCGAAGAUUUCUUUUUAGACUAUCCGAGUCAGAAAACAUUGUUUCCAGAUUGGAAAGCAUAUCUUACAAAAUGGACUAAGGUUUCCAAUAUAUUAAUUAAUGUGAGGAGAAGCUCCAUUAAAGAUAAACACGCGAAAGGUUUGCUGAGCAAAUUAGAUUCUGUGCACAUUUAUGAAGAUAAUAAUACUGCUGAUGUUAUUAAAAUAUUAUUGAUACCAUAUCUAACACCAACAAAAACAAUCAUUAAAAAAUGUGAUGUGAGUGGCGUAAAAAAAAAUUGGAAACCAUCUUUAGAAGAAUCUGCCAGAUCUUUUGUCACAGUUGUGCCAAAUAUUUCAGAAAUAGAAUCAGACAUUAUUCAAAGAAGAAAUAAAUAUUGUCAAUUUGGUUGUACUAUUCAGCCAUUUGUGUACUUAGUUGGUGAAGAUUUGUCCUCAAUCAGUCAAAGUUAUGUCCGUGUAGAUAAUCAACUUUGGACAUUCAACAGCCCAUUAGAAGCACUAGACGCUUGUUUUAAAGCAUACUUUGGCCUUAACUGUUCGUACCCUCGUGAAUGUUACGAGUCGUGGAUUUUCAUUCAACAACAUAUUUAUGGACUGAAAACUGAAUAUGACCAGCUAUCUGCCAUUACUACAUCUAUCUCCAAUAAGUUUGACAUGUUAAAUACACAGUAAUUACCUAUUUGUAUUAUCUUAUUAAUGUAAUAUAUCUAAAA